UCUCAAGCCGCCGUCUCCCCCUCCCCGCCACUCCUCGCACCCCCACUAAAACCCUAACCCACAACACAAUGGCUGCGGCGGCGGCCGCCUCCUCGCUCCUCCUCCGUCGCCACCACCGAACCCCCGCCCGUCUCCCCAUCAUCCUCCGCGCCGCAAUCUCCUCAACCCGCGCGCUACCCCAGCAGCCCGAGCUCUCCCCGCCCCCAACCGAGCCUGCCGCCGCCUCCACCUCCCCGCUGCCCCCGAACCCCAGCUCCGGCAGCCCCUUCUAUGGCGAGAACUGGCGCAACCCCGCCGCCUCCAGCCCGGCCUCCUCCCUCCUCCCCGCCGUCGUCUCCGCCAGCCCCUUCACGCACCACCGCAUGGCCGCCUUCUCCGCCACCCUCGGCGCCGCCGAGCUCAAGGAGACCUUCGCGGAGUGGAUGACGGAGCAGCGCUGGGACGAGAUGAAGCAGCUCUUCGAGUUCUGGGUGCGCUCGCUCGACGCCUCCACUGGCAAGCCCAACCGCCCCGACGUCGACCUCUUCAACCACUACCUCCGCGCCAACUUCAUGUCGGGCGCCCUGCCGCACGAAAUGCUCGAUCUCGCCGACCAGAUGCGCGAGUUCGAGAUCUCCCCCAACACGGCCUCGCACAACCUCAUCCUCAAGAGCAUGGUCCGAGCCCGUGAGGUCGAAGGCGCUGAGAAGCUCGUUGAACGGAUGCUGCUAACAGGAACUGUACCAGAUGAUGAAUCCUACAAUUUGGUUGUAGACCUGCUUAUUAAACAGAACCGUGUUGAUUCGGCUUUGAAAUAUUUGGAUUUGAUGCUUAAAUCAGGCUACAUGAUAUCUUCGACUGUGUUUGCUGACUGUGUGCGAGAAUGUAUAAGAUCUGGAAGGUUGGACACGUUGGCAUCAGUCAUUGAGAAGUGCAAGGCAACAGACAAAAACAAAGUCUUAUGUCCACAAUGGGCCUGGUGCAUUGGCAUAGCAGAAGCUGCAUUUGAAGCUAACAAUAGCAAGCUAGCUAUGUUUGCCUUGGAAUUUCUCGCGAGAUGGAUGGCUCGUGGGGAGCGUGCUUCACCCCCUAUUCACCUUUCAGUUGAUGAAGGUUUGGUGCUGUCAGCUUUAAGUGCUGCUGGUAGAACCUGUAGCACCGACCUCUUGAAUGCUGCUUGGUCAAUAUUACGCAAGUCCUUGCGCCAGAAAAGGGCACCCACGCCAGAGGCUUAUCUUGCAAAGAUUUAUGCGCAUUCAUCAAUUGGUCAACUUCAACGAGCUUUUGGGACUCUUCGUGAAUUUGAAAAUGCCUAUGGGAACUCUGAGAAUAUUGAUAUAGAGCUCUUCUCACCAUUUAUGUCCUUGCAACCACUUGUUGUUGCUUGCUGCAAGGACGGCUUCACUACACUGGAUUCGGUUUAUGUGCAAUUGGAGAAUCUGAGUUCUGCGGAUCCACCAUACAAAUCUGUUGCUGCUCUUAACUGUGUUAUAGUGGGCUGUGCAAACAUUUGGGAUCUUGAGCGAGCAUAUGAAACUUUUGAGGCAUUGAAGGAAAAGUUUGGACUUACACCUGACAUACAUUCAUACAAUGCCCUGUUGUAUGCAUUUGGGAAGCUGAAAAAGACAGAAGAAGCUUGUAAUGUAUUCCAGCAUUUAGUAAGCCUUGACGUUAAACCAAAUUCAACGACAUACUCCCUACUUGUCGACGCUCAUCUUGUCAACCGAGAUCCAAAAGCUGCUCUUGCUGUCAUUGAUGAGAUGGUUGACGUAGGCUUCACUCCUUCAAAGGAGACGCUUAAGAAGGUCCGAAGACGUUGCUCCCGUGAAUCAGACUUUGACAGUGAUGAGAAACUGCAAUCCCUGUGUAAACAGUUGAAUUGCCGAAUGGGCGGUGAAGGCCGCAGGGAGUUGCUCUAUAACAUAGAAUACAGUGCUGAGUAUUGAAGCAUUGAUUUUCAUGAUGCCGGUGUUCUUUCCAAUCCUAGUAGGCACUUGUACUGUUUGCCGGUACUCAGAAGAGCAUAGAGGCUGUAGUUUGUAAAUUACACUCCUUUGUAUCAGCUUUCCUAAUUAUUCUUCAUUAUCCCAAGCUAUCUUUUUUUUGCCGGAAAGACCGGACAAGAUUUAUGUUAGGAUUUCAGAAUAAGAUCCUAAUAUACAUUUGUUUCUCUGCUCCAAGCACAAUCUUUCUUCCACCCUCAGUGGAUGUUACUUCGGAUUAUCAUAAUGGUUUGGCACAGCUCUUGUAUUCU